AUGAAUCUAUUCGCUUUAUUUGAAGCGAUUUACAAAUUUUCUUCAAAAUACCUUGAUUUCUAUCUUUUAUUAUCCUUCCUUCUCAUUUAUUUCGCAAUAUAUCCUUAUUUUAAUUUCUUUAAAUCCCGUAAAAAUCGUGCACCUGGUCCUAUUCCUCUUCCUUUCUUAGGCUAUUUACACGUUCUUUUUGGCAAUCUUGCUGCUAAUUUUUAUAAUUUAACCAAUAAAUAUGGCAGUGUUUGUGAAUUAGAAAUGUAUGGUUUUCGUACCGUCUUAGUCGCUGAUCCUAAUUUUUUAAAAGAUUUAUUCUCUCCAAGUGUCUAUUCCCCUUAUUUAUUUAGAAUGCCUUUAUUACCUGGUUUUAAAGAAUUAGGAAUGGAUAAAGAAGGUUUAUUAUUAAAUUUAGAUAUUCCAAAAUGGAGACAUAAUCGUAAAUUCUUUCAACAAUCUUUAUCUCCGCCAAGUUUUAUUGAAUUAAGUACUAAAUAUACUCGUGAAUGUUGUGAAGUUAUGAUGACUUAUUGGGAUGAUGUUAAAAAUACGCAGGCCGUUAGAUUGGAUGAAUGGUAUCGUGCUUUUACUAGUGAUAUGAUUAGUUUGGUUGCUGCUGGUUCUAGAGAAGAGUCUUUAAAAAUUAUUUAUAAAAAAACUGUUGGAAAUAAUGCUAAAUUAUCUAUUAAUUUAGAAUCUGAUAUUCUUGAUGAUAAUUCAAAGAAUUUAAGUAAUGGUGAACAAUAUCGAGUAUUACGUUCUGAUUACAACGACGCUGUUGCCUUUUUCAUGUUUAUUCCAAAAUUUGCUUGGAAUUUACCUUGGAUCAGAAAAAAAUACAAUUAUUUUCGUCAAGUUUUAUUUAAUCUCACGGAAUUUGAAAUUAAAUUUAUAAAAGAACGUAAAGCUUUGAUUGAAAAACAAAAAUAUAUCAACUCUACAACUAAUGAUAUCAACUCUACAACUUUAACAACUAAUGAAACAACAAAAGUAAGAUCCGACUUUCUUACAAUGUUACUUACCAUGAACACUGAUUCAAAUCCAUCUCCUGAAGAUAUUAAACAAAACCUGCGAGAAAUGUUUGGUGGUGGAACUUCUACAACAACUACAACUCUUAGUAUUGUCGCUUAUCUUUUGGCAAAACAUCCUGAAGCUGAACAACGUAUGGUCGAAGAAAUUUUAAGUGUCAUGGGUCCAACAAAAAAUGUUAGUUCUUAUGAAUUUUGUUGGUUAUGUUUGGCAGAUUAUAAUGAGAUACGCAAACAUGGAAAUAAAAAACAUAAACCGACAUGUUCAUUAUAUGCAUAA